GCAUCAAUACACUAUUCUAUGUGUUUCCUAAACAUUUAGUGUGUUUCUGACUUAAAAUGGCUGAUUUACGGCAACUCUAGUUUUGACAGGCUUCGUGCAAAAAUCCAUUUUUUCAUUAAAAAUACCCUGGUGACCUUGGAUCAACUUCUAGUCAAAAACAAACAUUGCCACGUUGAUCAGCACAUUCGGUAACCUAUGUUUCAAGUCUUUCCGAGAUCUUCCGACGUGUCCGAACCGAGUUAGCGUGGUCUCUGGAGAACCUUUCUAGCUCCGGAACCUUGUAAGCUAACGACCUGGGACUGCUCUAGAAACGAAUGUCUCAGUCCGGGCUACCUGCCUGUUGUCUCAAAAGUUAAAAUUCGAAACUUUUUCAGUGGUGUGACAUCUUCGCAAAAUAUCUUCGCAGGAUGCACCACCUGCAGGUGAUUUUGGGACAAUAAUUUUUGGUUUUUCUUAUUGCCCCAACAUUUUUCUUUCGACUAGUUAAAACCGCAGCUCCGUAGCUACAUCCUAGAAAAAGUUAUUAAACAAAUGGCCAUGGUCUUUCUUUUUUGAAAUGGAUAAUAGUAAUCAUCUUUCGGCACUUGAGUAGAUUGAGCGAACCAUGUGCCUUUAUACUAGUUUGUAUCGUCAUUAAUUAUUUAUGUUUUUUGUUCUAGAACCAAACAUAUUAUCGCGUAACAAAUUUGGAUAGUCGUCUACAAAAUCCAGAUCAAAAUUUAACAGAUGAUAUUGAAACGUUUACGUCAUCGUUGACUCAUUUAUAUUCACACUUGACAAAACCCUUUUUCGAUAUUGCCCUCAUAUCAUACACUCUAGUUAAAAUGGUUCAAAAACGAAAAACAGCCAGAUGGAAAGAAGUGCCAAUAUUAUUAAAUUUUGUUAUUGUAAUCACAUUUUAUUUAUUAAAAAAAAUGAGUCCAAAAUUUGGUAAAUUGGUAUCAGAAGAAUCAAAACGAAAAGGGCAACUACGUUUUGCACAUACGAGAGUCAUAGCAAAUGCCGAAGAAAUCGCAUUUUUUGAAGGACAAGAGGUUGAAAAACAUUGGAUUAUUCAUUUAUAUAAUCAAUUACGUCAACAAACAAAUCUUAUAAUAUCCAAAAAACUUUGGUUUAUUAUGCUUGAACAAUUUUUAAUGAAAUAUUUUUGGCACACAUGUGGUAUGAUUUUUAUUGCUAUUCCAUUUUUAUCCUACAAUGGUGAAAUCGAAACCGAUGAUCCCACUCGUGAUCCAGAUGGUAUUAGUACAAGAACAGAAGCAUUUACUGUAUCGAAAAAUUUACUGACUUCAGGCGCUGAUGCUCUAGAAAGAAUAAUAACAUCAUAUAAAGAGAUAGCUGAAUUAGCUGGUCACACAAAUCGUGUACAUUCAAUGUUCCAUGUAUUCAAUGAUUGUGAAAAUGAAUCUUAUCAACGAGCAACAAUAAGCGAUAAUUCGAAUGAUUCAACUAUUAAACAUAAAAGAAAAAUCGAAUUAAGCAAUAAAGCAGAUGGUCAAAUAUUCGAUACAAACGAUGAUAUUAUCGUUCAAGAUGUACCUAUUAUUACUCCAAACGGAGAUAUUACACCAUCCAUGCAUGUCCUCAUCACUGGUCCAAAUGGUUGUGGUAAAAGUUCAUUUUUUCGAAUUAUUCGUGGAUUAUGGCCAAUUUAUGGCGGUCGUCUUCAUCGUCCUAAUCCAUCCGGUUUAUUUUUGAUUCCUCAACGUCCCUACAUGUGUCCCGGCACAUUACGUGAACAAAUUAUUUAUCCAGAAAUACUGAGUAAAAUGCAUUUAACAGAUAAUGAUUUAUUCGAAAUAUUAUCAUGUGUCGAUUUACAACAUAUUGUUAGUCGAGAAGGCGGAUUAGAUGCAGUUCGUGAUUGGAAAGAUGUUUUAAGUGGAGGAGAAAAACAGAGAUUAGGCUUAGCCAGAAUAUUUUAUCAUCGACCGAAAUAUGCGUUACUAGAUGAAUGUACUAGUGCUGUUUCGAUUGAUGUUGAGGGAAAAAUUUAUCAACGUGCAAAAGAUAGUGGUAUAACAUUGUUGACAAUUACUCAUAGACCAACAUUAUGGAAAUAUCAUACACAUUUAUUACAAUUCGACGGUGAUGGAAAUUGGCGAUUUCAGUUAUUAAAUACCGAACAACGCUUAACGUUAAAAGAAGAAAAAGAACAUUUAGAAUCCCAACUGACUGAUUUACCCUCUCUGCAACGACGUUUAAAAGAGUUAUGUCAGUUACUCGGUGAAGAUUCACUGUUAUUGGAAAAAGAGGUAGAAGAGGAAGAAGGAUAA